CUUUUGAUUGCUAUUAGAAGAUGGUGUUUGAAUUCAACUUCUGUUCUUUGAAAUAAUUGUUAUGGAAGAAACGGAAACAGCAAAAAUAUUGCUUAUAAAUCAUCAAGAUUAAAUAUAUAAAGAAUGGAAGUUUAACAAUUCCUGUUUGUCAGCUUAUACGGUUAAGGUUAAAUACAUGCAGUUACCGCUCUACUUUUCGACAAGGCUUAAGAUCUCAUCAAACUCAAUGAUUGAGAAAAAAGGCUAUUACGUUAUAUAAUGCAAUAAAAGCAAGUAGUCCUCUGAAAAUUUUUUAAAAAUAUUCUGUCGAUUCUUGUAAAAUAUAUAUCAUGCACAAGCAGCAUAUCUUAUAGAUACCUUUGCAAUAAUAGUUUUUUUUUAUGUUUUAAUAAGAUAAAAAUCACGCAGAUCUAAUUUUUGUUGCAAAAGAUUUUCUAAGAAACACACUUUAACAAGACAUUUUCUAGUGCCUGUGAAAGAAAAGCCAAUCUGUGGAUCAUACAAUAUAAAAUAUUUUCUAAUCUAUGCACUCAAAUUUGGAAUGUAUGCAAGCUUACGAAAGAAUUCUGCAAAAUGUGUAGUGAAGUCUUUUCUUCGCAGGAAUAUAUGAUGCCACAAAUCUUGACGGAUAUUAAAGAGAAACCAUUCGUUUGUGAUGUGUGCAACAAAGGGUUCUCUUUACGAGGAAGUUUAAAGAUACAUUUAAGGACGCAUACGAAAGAUAAUCUGUAUGCUUGUAAUGUGUGCGAUAAAACAUUUUCUGUAUUAGGAAGUUUAAAGGGCCAUUUACGGACGCAUACGAAAGAGAAACCGUAUGUUUGUGAGAUUUGCAGCGAAGCUUUUUAUCAAAAAGGAAAUUUAACGGGCCAUUUACGGACGCACACGAAAGAGAAACCGUACAUUUGUGUGAUAUGCAGUAAAACGUUUUCUCGACGAGGAAAUUUAAAGACACAUUUACGGACGCAUACGAAAGAGAAAUCGUAUGUUUGUGAGAUUUGCAGUGAAGCUUUUUGUCAAAAAGGAAAUUUGAAGAGCCAUUUACUGACGCAUAAGAAAGAGAAACCAUAUAUUUGUGAGAUAUGCAAUAAAGCGUUUUCUCAAAGAGGAAGUUUAAAGAUACAUUUAAGGACACAUACGAAUGAGAAACCAUAUAUUUGUGAGACAUGCAAUAAAGCGUUUACUCGAAGAGGAAGUUUAAAUAUACAUUUAAGGACACAUACGAAAGAGAAACCAUAUAUUUGUCAGAUAUGCAAUAAAGCGUUUUCUGAAAGGCGAAGUUUAAAGAUACAUUUAAGUACGCAUACGGAAGAGAAACCAUAUGUUUGUGAGAUAUGUAGUAAAACGUUUCCUGGACGAAGACACUUAAAGAUACAUUUAAGAACGCACACGAAAGAGAAACCGUAUGUUUGUGAGAUAUGCAGUAAAACGUUUUCAGAGCGAGGAAAUUUAAAGAAACAUUUAAGGACGCAUAUAAAUGAGAAACCGCUCGUUUGAAAUGUAUGCAAGAAAACAUUUUCUAGUGGAUGCUUUUUAUGGAAAUAUUUUCCAGCGCAUACGAAACAGAAACGUCUGUGUGUAGUAAAGCAUUUAAUGCAAAAGGAAAUUUGCAGCCCCAUUUACCGAUCCAUUUAAAAGAGUAUCUACAUGUUCGCUGUGUUUGUAAUAAAGUAUUUUCUGAUCGAAAUACUGUAAGGAGAUAUUUAUUGAGGCAUGCAAAAUCAAAUCCACAUAUUUGUAAGAUGUGCAACAAAGCGUUUUCCUUGCGAGAAAAUAUGAAAUUGCGUUUAUGGGUUCAUAUGAAAUAAAAAUGUAGGCAGUAAAGCAUUUUCUGAAUCGGUGAGUUUAAAGACACAUUUAUUUCCGAAAAUUUCUCGCCGAAGUAUUUCGGAAAUACUUAUUAACGUAUACGAUCAAGUAACAUUGCGGGUAAACAACAAAGGUUUUUUUUUUUUUCUUCUCUUCCUAUAGGGAAAUUUAAAGGCGCAUUUACUGAUACAAAAGAGAUCCCUAUAUGUAUGAUUAUUUGCAACAUAGCUCGGGAUCGAAGAAAAUUUUUUAAAAAAAUAUAUUAAUCGCACUUUUUGAAACAAAAUUAUGUAUAUGCUGUUAUUUUUAAUUUUCCUAUAGUCAUAAUUAAUUAUGAAUUUAAUGAAGUAUACAAAUAAA